GAAGAAGAAGAAGAGGAAGAAGAAGAAGUAUGAGCAUCCAUAUACUUUGCUAUGACCCAAUCCUGUAGUGUUCUCCAAAAGCCAUGUAAAACAUUUUACACAGGCAUGAAUCCAACUGCACGCAGACGUCAUCAGUGAGCGCCCGCAGGGUCCUUUCAGUCACUGUACGCCUGUCACGACGUAGUUUCCAGUCUUCAAUAGGUCAAACUACAGCAGAAGCAGAAAUGAUCCGAUCAUUAAGUUGACUCAAAUACUCUCUGAAUGUCUCUCAGAGGACUCAUGUCAGGCUGUUAUCAUCCAGCAGAGGGGUCGAGAAAACAAUAAUCCCUGCGACAUUCACUGGAGUUAAUAUUAAUGUCAGACAGCAGCUUCAUCACACCAGACCUGUCAGACUGUGGAUCUCCAGCUGUGCUGGUGUCAGUGUGUCUCAUCACAGCUACAGCACACAACAGACUGAGAGCACAGAGGAGGAGACGCUCCACAGCAUCAUCAGUGACACCAAAAAUGUUCAAGGUGUUCAUCAGAGAGCUCAUCUCAAACAGCAGUGAUGCGCUGGAGAAACUGCUGUACAAGAUGAUCACAGCAGGAGGAGAUACAGCACCCAUGGAGAUCCACCUGCAGACAGAUGCUGCCAAAGGCACCUUCACCAUCCAGGACACUGGUGUUGGGAUGAACAGAGAGGAGCCGGUUGGGCACUAUCACUCGAUCUGGAUGGUGAAAGGCAUUUCUGGAUGCUCUUCAGAAUCAAGCGGAGACCAGCAGCUCCAUCAUUUUACUGCGCCUUCAUGGUGGCUGAUAAAGUGGACGUUUAUUCUCAGUCAGCAGAACCAGGCACUCCUGGAUACAAGUGGUCCUUAGACGGGUGAGAAGAAUGCAAAAUGAAGAUGGAUUUAAUAACAGAUUUUGGACAAAAAGAACAUGCCUUUCUAUUAAAGAUCUUUUAAUUAUGGCAGAAAUCAUAAUUACACUUUUUUUGUUCAAUAUCGUAAUCGCAAUUAUUUAACACUCAAAGUAACUGAGGAGAAAAUGCAAAGUAAAUUGCUACUUGCAUUUACUACUGAUCACUGAGCCGACAAGCUGCACAUAACAGCUUCAUAAUCAUGCUAAACCAGAUGAUUUAAUUGCUAUUACAGCCCGAUUUCGAUUAAUCGUACAGCCCAAGUUGAGAGACACGUUCAAGUCUGUCAUCUUAACAUGUUAAAACAGCGUCACUGUUGUGGCAAAAUCAAACCGACUCUCACCAAAGUAAGACAAACUCAGUCAAAUGUCUUUUAUAAUUUAUUCUUUGCAAAGAAGGUCAGACAGUCGUACAGAAACACAGGUUACUGCAGAGUGCGACCCAGAAGGGAGGGCUCACUCCAAUUUAUAUCUCUUCCCUAGCCUUCAAGGUUACAUCUCCUAAACGGUAAAUUUCUACACAUAGUAAGAGUCAGACAAAUACAUUCUGCUACGUCAUACUCCCAAGAUUCAAAUCUUUAUAUUUAGGGCCCUAACACACUUCUCUUAUGUCAUUCUUAUAGCAGGUUUAAAUAAAACAGACCCUUACACAAUAUUCCAUAAGCACAUAGAUGAGUAAAAUGAAUUUUUCUUUCACAAUUUCCCCCUUUUUAUCAUUCGUUGAUAACUACUCACUAAAUUCAUUACUACUCAAUACUACUACUACUACUACUCAAAUUAAAAUGUUUGAUUACAAUAAUGGUUAGAAUCAUCCUAAAUCAUCACAUUCGCUAUCUGUGAGCCGGGAUAAAGGAAUAAACACUGUUAUUGCAUUCCUGACGUGGGUCAGACCCUCAGUCACUACACAGACACCAAACAUGAAUAUUACUUACAAUUUCAAAUCUCAGAGCAAAUUU